ACAUUUUCAACUCAGACGGAACGCACGGUUGCGCGGACUCAGAUUGAAAUAAUUCUAAAAUAACCGCAGCAGAAACAAAGGCUUCAAAAAAAAAACGAAACGAUUCCACUCAGAGGAACAAAGCGAAAUUUGCAAUUGAAGUGAGUGAACGCGUCUUGCCUGUCAUUGCAUCAGUCUGUCAGUCAGUCAGCUCGUCAGUCUGUCCAUCUAUCAGUUCGUCAGUGAGGCAGUACGUGUGUGUGCCAGUGAGUGUGAACUCUGUGGUAAAGGUCAGAACUCAUAUGAAAACGUCGAGCGGCAACCAAGAAGCAAUGUCAACAAAAGCACCUGUCACCGCCGUGGACGAGAACAAGGCCUCGUCAAUGAUGCACCCGGCAAAACCAUGCUCAUCCUCGUCGGGAUUGCGAUUGGGAUCGAUUUCGGCCAGCUACCAUGUGAAAGCACUGGCCAUCCUGGUGGCCAUCGUCUUGUGCGGCGGCAGCCUGGGAUUCGCCGACGGGCUCAAGUGCCACAUGUGCGGCCAGUACAACGAGGGCGUGGGCUCCAUCACGCCCUGCACCAACUACACCAAGGACAUUGCCCAUCUCUACCUGAAGGAGUGCACCAAGAAGAGCGAGAAGUUCUGCGUGAAAUAUGUUAGUGAGCUGUCGACCGUUCGUGAUUGUGCUACCGAGUGUCAGGAAAAAGAAAUUUGGGAGACUCAAACGUACUGCUGCACCGAGGACGGCUGUAAUUCCGGCACCCAAUUGGCCUACUCCGUCAUCCUGUUGACCCUGCCCAUCCUUUCGAUGGCCUGGCCCACCUUCGUCGAUUUUUGGAAUACGCGACGUUAAGUGGAUGAUCCAACUUAUCUUUAUAUGAGUCUUUCACCUUUUUAGUUUAUUAUUUUGCCGCAAGAAGAAUGUAUAAAAUUUCAACCAUUAGCAUUUAUUUUAUGUUCGGAAAAAGUUGUUAAAAAUACAAACAAAAUUCUGUGAACGGGACCUAAUCAAACUAAGAAGCGAUAACGCAAAGUUAAACGAAAAUUAACCAUUUGAGCCUGUUUUUUUGAAUUUUAUAAACUCAUGCGAUCAGAUUAUACACGUAUGAAGGUAUAUAUAUUUUGCCAACAUGUUUGCUGUUAAUACUUUGAAGCUUUGUAUUUCUGACUGUCUUCCCAAAAAAACACAAAUAGUGUUGGUAAAUGAUAACGAAAGCUUAAAUAAUUCAUAUUCACAAGAAAUAACAAUUGCAAUGCCAAAUUACUAUUAAAAUCGUGUUAAAAAAAA